UGACACAUCCCUUUGCUGUCUUUCCAAGUUGUAACUAAACAUCCCUUCGCCUUUGCGAACAUUUUGUUUGCAAGUGCAACCAGUCACAAUUGCGGACUUCCAACACCAGUUAAAUGUUGAAAAAUCUUGGAGAUCGUUGUCGUAGUGAUUCACUAGUGAGAAAGAUCUGAAAAAAGUAUCAAGUAUGAAUUCACACGGGACGGUUCAAUGCACUGGAGAGGGUGGAGGUUACUUCUGAAGGGAGAGUGGACACCACCCCGGAAUGACCUCCACCAGAGGAUAAGCUUCGACAAGUAUAUAUAAAUAAUUCACUCUCUUCUUCUCCUUAAUACUUAUUAUAAGCAAGAGGAGAAGAUAGAACAAAAUAAUUAUUCUUUGAGAAACCAUGGAAAAGAAUGAGAAAGUGGCUACUAGCAUUGAGCCCAAGUACAGAGGUGUUAAAGCCAUGCCCUUUGUCAUAGGAAAUGAGACCUUUGAGAAGCUGGGGACGCUUGGCACAUCAUCCAACCUCCUGGUCUAUCUUACUACUGUCUUCAACAUGAAAUCCAUUACAGCAACAAAUCUCAUCAACAUCUUCAAUGGUACUUGCAACUUCGGUACCUUGCUGGGAGCUUUCCUCUCAGACACCUAUUUUGGCAGAUACAAAACUUUGGGAUUUGCUUCCAUAUCCUCUUUCUUGGGGAUGUUUGUGCUAACACUAACAGCAGCAAUCUCAAAGCUACAUCCUCCUCAAUGUGGAAAGGAAGAAAGUAGCACAUGCAUUGAUCCAACACCAUGGCAAAUGACUUUCCUACUAAGCUCAUUCGGACUACUAAUAGUAGGCGCCAGUGGCAUAAGGCCGUGUAACUUGGCCUUUGGAGCAGACCAAUUCAAUCCCAAAACUGAAUCCGGGAAGAGGGGAAUCAGCAGCUUCUUCAAUUGGUACUAUUUCACCUUCACUUUCGCGAUGAUGGUAUCAUUGACAGUCAUUGUUUAUGUGCAAUCUGAUGUGAGUUGGUCUCUGGGAUUAGCCAUUCCAACUUUUCUGAUGUUCUUGUCAUGCGCGUUCUUCUUCAUUGGUACGAGAAUUUAUGUCAUAGUGUUACCGCAAGGUAGUCCUUUGACAGGCGUGGUGCAAGUCAUAGUGGCUGCAAUCAGGAAGAGGCAACUAAAGUUGCCAGAGCAACCAUGGCUUUCCCUUUUCAAUCAUAUGACCAUCAAUUAUAUCAAUGCAAAGCUUCCUUACACAGAUCAGUUCAGAUUUCUCAACAAAGCAGCCAUCAUUACCCCCGAAGACCAAAUCAACUCAGAUGGAUCAGCAGCUGAACCAUGGAGACUUUGCAGUAUCCAGAAAGCUGAAGAGGUAAAAUGCCUAUUGAGAGUGAUUCCCAUAUGGUUUGCAGGCCUUGUCUACAAUGUUGUCUUGGUCCAACAGCAAACCUACCUAGUCUUCCAGGCAAUCCAAAGUGAUAGGCGAUUAGGCAACGUCAAUUUCACGAUCCCAGCCGCAUCCUACGUUGUCUUCUCCAUGUUGAGCCUCACUAUCUGGAUACCCAUCUAUGACAGGAUCAUAGUCCCAUUGCUUCGAAGACUCACCAAAAAGGAAGAUGGUAUCACAAUCCUCCAGAAGAUGGGUGUUGGCUUGGUUCUAUCAGUUCUCACUAUGGUUAUAUCUGCCUUAGUUGAAGAGAAAAGGAGGACAUUGGCUCUUACUAAGCCAACAUUAGGGACAGUCCCAAGAAAAGGUGCCAUUUCUUCCAUGUCAGGAUUGUGGUUUGUACCUCAAUUGACAUUAGUUGGAAUUUCUGAAGCUUUUACGGUCAUAGGCCAAGUUGAAUUUUACUACAAGCAGUUCCCAGAAAACAUGAGAAGCUUUGCAGGGUCAUUCUUGUUCUGUGGCUUUGCAGGGUCAAGUUAUUUGAGUAGUUUCUUGGUCUCAGUAGUUCACAGUACGACAGAUGGAUCAUCAUCAGGAAACUGGUUGGCUGAAGAUCUUAACAGGGGGAGAUUGGAUUACUUCUAUUACCUUAUUACUGCUUUGGAGGUCUUGAAUUUGGGAUACUUUCUAGUUUGUGCUAACUGGUAUAAGUAUAAAGGGACCGGUGACAACACCCUAGAUAUGGCCAUGGAACAAAUGAAAUCUGAAGAAACUAGUGUUUGAUAUUAAUAUUCUUAUAGUAUGAUGUUAGAAGAAAGCUUUUGUCUUCUGAUUCAUAUUUGAACAAUGGAACACAAGUUACUCAACUCCCAAAAAAAAAAAAAAAACAAAAAUGAUUUCUCACUUCUCUCUCAUUCAAUGCAUGAGACAUUCAUCUAACAUGGCUCCUAAAUGAAGAAAAAAGACUUGUUCUCUCUUGCAGCUAUUCAUUGCAGAUUGUUUAUUUGAGGCUGCAUUGUGUGCUGUGGUUGUGUCAUUGUUAUUGUUUGCAUGAUUAGAUUCAAAAUUCAAAACUAUAUGGUUCCUGCUGUCUCACUUAUAGGCACCUGAUUCAAGGGAUUGAAGUUUCAACAAUCACUUGAAAAUGAACUCAAGCACUAUAAUCACAAAUAUGCAACAUAGUCAUAGUGUUCCCUUUUGAACAAACAUUGUACAAUUCCAUAAAAUUAUGUAGGGAGGGAUGAUAUAGCCUCUCUUUCUGAAGUCUCAAACUUUUAAGAGGAACUAGAGGAAACAAAAAUAAUAAUAAUAAUAAUAAAAUGCUACAAUAGAAAAAACAAUCCAACUUUUUUUGAGAAAUUUUAGAUGGUCCGAGGACCAUUGUUUUUGAUUUUCCUUAUUUUCCAUUUUGGGGAAUUUUUUAUUUUUAUUUUUUGGGGAUUUUUCUUUUCGUACCUCGUUUUGCGUGCCGGACACCGUGGGGUGUGCCGGGUGAGUCACAAGAGUUUGUUUGGGCAUUUCUUCGAGUUUAGAAAUUUUAGAAAUGUAUUGUUGGCCAUUUUGGUAUUUUUCAGAUUUUCGUGUCGGGAGGUCCCGAGCGGAACCCGCACUCAGAUUUUUUUAUGCACAGGAUUAUUUUAUUUUGUUGUCGUUAGACUUCAUAUUUAUUUAUUUGGUGCAUGUUUGGGUGACUACGUGCCAAGAGACGUGUGGUUAUAGUGUUUUUAGUGUGUGUAUAUAUGCUUAAGAGGACGAAAUGGUCAUUUUAUUAGCACGUGAGACCCGCAGUUGGUGGUGGUCUUUUUAAAUGUGGU